UAUUUAGUAACCCAGUGACAUAUUUGCUUUCGCUUUAUCUUAAAUAAUUAGCAAAUAAGGGUAAUUUUUAGGAAUAUUAAUAAAAUGCUGUAAAUGAAUUGUUAGAAAAUUUAGUUUAAAGUAUUAUUGUUAAGAACGAGUAGCUAAAGUAAAAUAUUGAAAAUCAAUACAAUAUGCUUUGGAAUAUACGUUGGAAUAAUGGAGUUUUCAAGGCGGAUUAUCGUCAACAGUUAUUGGCAACAAUUAGCGUUACUAUUAUAUCUCUAUCACAUGGCGUGGCUUUGGGUUGGUUUUCACCGAUGCUUAUGAAAAUGCAAUCGCCAGCGACACCACUUAAUUUCUCGUUGGAUGUACACGAAUCGUCAUGGCUUGGCGCAAUGAUAUCACUGGGCGCCUUAACAGGCAAUACAUUCUUUUCAAUUAUUCUAAGCCGCUUGGGUCGCAAAGUAGCUAUUUACAGCUUAGCGUUUCCCCAUGCCCUUCUUUGGUUGUUGCUGUAUUAUGCUCGAAGCAUUAAUUAUUUAUAUGCGGCACGAUUUUUUACUGGUUUCACUGGUGGCGGUUCUUACGUUGUUGUGCCUAUUUUUGUUGGUGAAAUAUGUGACUCAUCUAUACGUGGCCGUCUUACAUCACUGUUUGGCUUAACCAUUAAUUUGGGAACUUUAUUUGGAUAUAUUCUAUCGUCACAUGUUCAUUACCAUAAUAUACCAUGGAUUGUCUUGCCACUUCCGUGUCUGUUUUUAUUUUUGGUGACACGUUACCCGGAGACCCCUCAGUUUUUGUUAAGAGCAGGUAAAGAGAAGCGGGCCGAACAAGCUUUCAUAUUUUAUCAGGGCCGUCGCUGCAUGCAUACAUUAAAAGAAAAUUUACGAAAUCAAUUUGAGCAACUUAAGACUACAUAUGGAAAUCAUAAAAGUGACGGCAAGAAAGUUACCUAUCAAGAUUUUUUCGAGGGAAAAUCUCUAAAAGUACUGGGCAUAGGUUUUGUACUUGGAAUAAUACAUUCGUACUCCGGUUUGUUUGCUUUCAUGAGUUACAUGUCAAACAUAUUUGCUGCCACGAAAACUGAUCUGCAUCCCGAUACAAAUACGAUUAUAACUGGUGUCGUGCAAGUAAUCGGCUCAUAUCUGGCAAUUGGUAUAGUAGAUCGAUAUGGCCGACGAAUCUUAAUGAUUACAUCAAUUACUGGUGUGGGCCUGGGUACGGCUGCGUUGGGCUUGUACGCAUUUCUUGUCGAAAAAAAUGAUGUUGAUCUCUCCAGCUUUAGUUACUGGUUACCGGUCUUCUUAAUGUCUUUCAUUAUAUUUAUGUCUAAUAUUGGCCUAAACGCGAUAAUAUAUGUGAUAAUGGUUGAAAUUUUGCCAUCAAAGAUUCGUUCAACUGGUACCAUGUUUUUUAUGGUUGCCUGGAGUAUUUCGACGUUCAUUGCUUUAAAACUAUUUCCCAUAUCGAUGCAUUUUUUCGGAUUAUCAUCGACAAUGUGGUUUUGCUCUGCUGUCAGCAUUUUUGGUGUCCUUUUCGUUGCGAUAUUUCUCAAAGAAACCAAAGGAACAUCAUUUGAUGGUGUUAGUAAUGUGAUUUUAAGUUAAUUUCCCUGAAUAGCGUUUUUAGGAACUUGUUUCAUUUUGUUUUAAAAAGAUUAAUCUUAUAUUGAUUGAUAUUGAAAGUGAAUUU